GGAGCAGGUACACCUCAAUAACACGAAGCAGACGCGGACGCUUUUUAUUCCCUCUCUACUCUCUCUCUCUCUCCUCAAUAAAUCUUGAAUCGAUCAGCUCUAAAUCGAAGAAAUCUCUCGCAGAUUCUUUAGGGUUUGAGUGGCCAUGUCGAUGCUCGACUCUUUCUUCAACAAGGGCUUCAAAGGGGCAAAGUGCAAAACUCUGUUGAAGCUGACAAUUCCGAGGAUAAAGUUGCUGCGGAAUAAGAGGGAGGUUCAGCUGAAGCAGAUGCGUAGAGAUAUUGCCAAGCUUCUCGAGAAUGGACAGGAGGCAACAGCGCGAAUUCGGGUUGAGCAUAUUAUUCGCGAGGAAAACAUGAUGGCAGCCCAGGAGAUAAUUGAGUUGUUUUGUGAACUCAUCGCUGUCCGUCUUCCGAUAAUUGAAACACAGAGGGAAUGCCCUUUAGACCUUAAAGAAGCAAUCUCCAGCAUAUGUUUUGCAGCACCGAGAUGCUCGGACUUACCAGAACUGCAGCAGGUUCAGAUGUUAUUCGCAGCCAAAUACGGGAGGGAAUUUGUUGCAGCUGCCUCUGAACUAAUGCCAGAUUGUGGAGUUAAUCGACAGGUAAUCGAAUUGCUUUCGGUUCGUGCUCCUUCUGUGGAAGCAAAAUUGAAGCUUCUAAAGGAAAUUGCUGAGGAGCAUGAAGUUGACUGGGAUCCAGCUGCCUCUGAAACCGAGUUUCUCAAGCCUCAUGAAGAUUUGUUGAAUGGGCCAAACCACAUCAUCAGUGGCUCGACAUCGCCUCUCCCUAAAGAACAGCAGGACGACUCUAUCACCUCUGAGCACACAGCAGAGCAUCACGAAGAAGCUGAUUCAGAUGAUGCAGGCUUCGAUGCGUUAGAUUUUCCAGAAGUUCCGAAAGCUUCAGUCCAAUCAACUUCAGAUAACCCAUCUGCUCCCGAAAUCAAAUUUUCAACAGUUAAGGAUUAUGUCCCACAUCCCUUUGAUACUGAUCUUGAGCUCGACAAAUCCGAAGCUUCCAAAAAUAUUGAAGCUGAUGUGAAAACUUCUGAAAUAUCAACCUCUAUGAGGGAAAAUAAACAGUUUCAAUAUGUACCUUUUGUGGCUUCUCCUCCUCCUCCGCCUUUUUCAUUGCCUUCAGAGCAAAGUGAUCCAACUCUGGUCAUUUCUCGUGACCCAAGUCCAAAAUAUGUUGCUGCCCCUCCUCCCCCUCCUUUCUUAUUGCCUUCAGAGCAAAGUGAUCAAACUCCAUUUACAGUUCCUCCUCCCCCUUCUCCUUUCUCGUUGCCUUCAGAACAAAGUGAUCCAACUCAAUUUACAGUUCCUUCGUCUUCAAAGCAAAGAGGUUCAACUCCAUUCAAAACCGAAGCCAACAUAGACUUGCAGGAUGUUCUGGCAGCAGCACAAGCUGCUGCAGAGAGUGCUGACCGAGCUGCUUCUGCUGCUCGUGCAGCAGCAAGUCUUGCUCAAGUUCGAAUCUCAGAACUCAUCACAAAGAAAAAUGAAGGAAGAAAUGAUGAUGGUAAUGAAAAAAAUGUAUCAGUUCAGGAUUCUGAUACGAAGGAAUUUCAUGGGAAGCCGACAUUUGAUCAGCAGAACUCAUUUGAAUAUACAGAGCCCGUUCAGGGGUUGGGAUCGCCGACACAAUCAUCAGAUGAUGUGCACAAGAUUGGGGAUGCUUCACUUCAUCAGCCUCAACGAUCUUUUUCAAUAGAAGAAGAUCCAUAUUUCUCCUAUCCCAACUUGUUCAAUAGACAAGCUUCUGGCCUUGAGCCAGAUUCUCAUUCAAAAUCAGGCCAUGAGUUUUGAGUGUGCUAUUUUCAAAACUUGAGUUUAAUUUCUUGCGAGCAGUGGUGAUUUACAUGGGCAAGCUUUCUUGUUGCCUUCAGGGUAUAGUAGAAUUUAGUUGGUGAUUGUGCACCUAUGAGAAAUUAGAGAGUAGAUUUCUUGAUAAUUUGUGAUCUGGGUUUGUAUAAUUCAACAGUUAUGUGGCAAAUAUCUUCGUAAUAAAAAUGUUCCCUCAGCAAGUAUCUUUCUGCUUCA